UCCUUCUUGGAAAUUUAUCUAUACGAAAUCAAAGGUCUGGCAACGAUUAAAUAAACUGCCAGGUGGCAACGAUGUGAUGAAACUCGUGAAAAAUUGACAACAAACGACGCGACGCGCGCUAAUUUCGAAACUAACAACAUUUUAAUUUGUUAAAACAAAUAAGCGGAAGACAUAUUAAUCGAAAAAUGAGUAAUAAAAGCACGCCCGUGCGUCAACGCAUUCAUCAAUUUCAAGCACAUGCACGUGGCAGCAUGGAAACAACUGGAAGCGGCACGAAAACGCCUGCCACAGCUGCCACCGCUGGACUGCGUCGAAAAGUCCUUUGUCGCACGCCGAAACGAAGUGCCGAGAAACAGACACAUCCACAAACGGAGCAGCUACUGAACACGGCUUUCAGCGGCGGCAUAGCCACACCAACUCCACAACCGAAACCAAAGUCAACAGCAUUAAAUGCAUGUUACACUCCAUCCUCGCUCUACCGCAAUCCGGCGAAAACCACACCAAUGCGUCAACACCAAACGCCAAGCAGCAAGUCGGCCAGCAAAGCCAAAGAGAAGGUGGAUGCUAUGGUGGAGUCCUUUCACAGCAUUUCCGAGGAGAGCAAUAUGAUAGUCACAGUGCGCGUGCGUCCCUUGAAUACAUUGGAAUGCACUCGCGCCAGCGUCACCAAUGUGGUUCAUGUCCAUGGUAACAAUGAGCUGACCGUGCAGUCGGGCAGCAGCGCCGAUGCUUCAGCCGGAGUCACGCACUUCUUUAGCUACGAUCAGGUUUACUAUUCAUGUGAUCCCGACCGUAAGAACUACGCGGAUCAGAUUGCUGUCUUUGCGGGCACAGCACAGCCCUUGAUCGACACUGCCUUUGAGGGCUAUAAUGCCUGCUUGUUUGCCUACGGACAGACGGGUUCAGGCAAAUCGUAUAGCAUGAUGGGCAUUGAGGCGUUAGACGACGCCGCCUUGGAUGGUAAUGCGCCGCACGCUGAGGCAGGCAUUAUACCACGUUUCUGCCAUGAACUCUUUCGACGUAUCGAUGCCGUCAAGGAGCAUCUACAGGUGGAAGUCGAAGUCAGCUACUUUGAGAUCUACAACGAAAAGAUACACGAUCUAUUGAGCGUGCAACAUGCCGUGACAGCCGCUCCAGACACGCAGGUGCAACGACAGGCGCUAAAGGUGCGUGAGCAUCCCAUCUUUGGUCCUUAUGUGGUGGAUCUGAGCGCUCAUUCCGUGGAUUCCUAUUCGGCACUGAGAAAUUGGUUGGCGGUGGGAAACUCUCAACGGGCCACAGCCUCGACAGCCAUGAACGACAAAAGCUCCCGCUCGCAUUCCAUAUUUAAUAUUGUGCUAAAUCUGACGGAUCUGAGCAGUGACGAUGGCAUGUCCUCGGACACAGACUCUGGCACGAUUGUCUCGCUACGCCAAACGCGACGCAGCAAGAUCAGUUUGGUGGAUUUGGCGGGCAGCGAACGCAUAAGCGUGUCCGGCUCAAAUGGCGAACGGAUCCGCGAAGGUGUCAGCAUCAAUAAGAGUCUGUUGACGCUGGGAAAAGUUAUUGCCGCCUUGGCAGAUACACGGAAAGCAAACGGCGCUGCCACGCCCAACACAUUUGUGCCCUAUCGGGAGAGUGUGCUAACUUGGCUAUUGCGGGAAAAUCUUGGUGGAAAUUCAAAGACAGUAAUGUUGGCCACGAUUUCUCCAGCGAGUCUUCAUGCAGAUGAAACUCUUGCCACACUGCGAUACGCUUGCAAGGCGCGUUCCAUUGUGAAUCGGGUGAAAGUGAAUGAGUCACCGCAUGAUAAGAUCAUUAGAGAUCUGCGGGCUGAGGUGGAUCGUCUUAAAUCGCUGCGCAAUGAAUACGAAAGACAGCGACGUCUCUCCUCUAACAACAAUCCGCCAGCGCCUCGUAAAAUCAUCAUUGAGACAUCUGUGGAUGACACUGAGGUGGAGGCACUGCGUCAGCAGCUGGCAGAGCGUGAACGUGAAUUGAAUCGCGCCCAGAAAUCGUGGAUGGAGAAGCUCAAGGAGGCGGAGGAUCUGCGGAAAACGGAGUUGCGUUUGUUAAAGCGCAAGGGACUCGCUAUGGAACUGACUGCGGAUCAGAAGCAGGCGUGUCUGGUCAAUCUGGCUGCCGAUCCCAUGCUAAGUGGAACACUAUUCUAUCUGCUGCCCCCAGGGAUUGUGCGCAUCGGGCGUGGCCGUUUACCAGGUGCCCCAGCCAACGCACUGCCGGACAUUGUGCUGGACGGUCCGCUGGUGGCUCUGCAGCAUUGCACCAUUGAGCACGAGCGCGCGGGGAAGCUCUUUGUCAGUCCGGGAAGCGAGGAUUUCGAGACUUAUGUAAAUGGUGAACUUUUGGAGGAGCGACGACAGUUGUUUCAUGGCAAUCGUUUGGUCAUUGGCGGUUCACAUUAUUUCCGCAUAUCGAAUCCAUUUUGCAGUCAGCGUGGCAAGGCGGAGCAGCUGCUGGUGGACUUUCAAUUGGCGCAUCAGGAGAUCUUGCAGAAACAGGAGCAACAGCUGCGCUGUGAACUGGAGGCGGAGAAACGUGCCGCACUCACGCGGAUCGAACAGGAACGCGUCCAACAUGCUCGGGACUUUGAGGAGCGGCUGCAGUGCCUCAAGUUGGAGCAGUUCAAAUACAAGUGCAACAGCGAAAUGCUAGAAACGGAGCGUCAAGCCUUGGCCCAACAACUACAAACGCCCAGUCGGAUGUCCAGUGCCUCGACGCCAGCCCAGAAAUCGACAUUGUUAGAAGACAUACAGCGCAUCAUGCUCAAUCCCAGCGAGGAGAGUCUGCACAAGACUCAGCUGAUGGUUAAGGAGGCCACACAACGCUGUCGUCAAGUGGGAUUGAAGCACUUGGAAUUUCGUCAAACCCAAACACCCGAUGAAUUUGGAUUACUUCGCACAGUGAUACUCAUUGUGGACAAACAGCGAUCCCUGAAGGCUGAAUGGCCCAUAGCACGUCUUGGUGUUUGGUUGGACUUGCAACGAGAUGCGACUUGCCACAAUGCCAGCAAUAUAUUUGAAAGUGUUGAGGUGGAUUGGCAGCCGAUGGAUGCGGAAUUGAAUGAAACUCUCAAUGACACGCACAAUUCCAGUCGCAUUGCCUUGAAUCUGAGUGCCAUGAAGGAUGUGCUGCUCAAGCAACCCCUCAAGCGAUUGCUCAGCAAUAAUACACCCCAUCAGACCUCGACGCCAGCCAAGACGCCGGCAAGUGCCUCGCCCAGCAGCAAACUGGCUCAAUACACCAAACGUCUGCUCACUUACGACCUGGAAGAUCAACCGUCGGAGGGCAACAACUGCAAUUUUCCUCUGCUGGCACAACAGGAACUCCAGAUAAUGCAACGUGCCGCACAUCGUUUGAGGCGCCAUUGCGAGCAGGCAUGUCGCGAGCGGGAGAAUCAAGCGGAUGCCGGAGAAUUGGCUAGCAAUCUUCAGGAUGCACUUGCUCGACUGGACAAUGUGCUUCAUGGCAUGCACAGCUGCCUGGCGCAGUCAGCGGACUCGGCGGCGUCGGCGGCUUCAGCGACAUCGCCAAGUAAAGCACAGAAAGCUGUGCGUUUCCUUAUCGAUUGAGAUAAUCUUGAGCCCGGUUCUAUUCAUAUUAUUUUAACCUACAUAUAUACGUAUCACCUUUAAUGCAAUUGCUUGUAUUUGUUUUUAUUCGUUUCUAAAUAUAUUUUUGUAUAUUUAAAUUUAUCAA